AUGGACGGUCCUCCGCCUCCUCCGCCUCCUCAUGGCGCGAACCCCAAAACCACAGCGGGAAGUCCACCACCUCCAGGAGGUGGUGGUAGUGGAGGUCUCCCCCCAGGAAAUUAUGACAUAUUCAUAAUACCUCCGCAUGCUUCUGGGAGUGGCUUUCUCUACCUUCCCUCAAUGCAGGUUCAGACAAACAGCUUCAUUGCAGGCAUAGCUAGCACACUUGCCAGUAUUGCAGUUUGGAAAAUGGCAGAACCCACACUGAAACAAUACUUCGCCCUCGUCAGUAUGAGUGUGUCUUCUGGAGGCAAUGGCGUGAUACUACUUGUCGUCGUUGUGGGACUCGCAGGUUGGGUGUUUGGCCAAGCAACACGGCCUGGUGGUCCUUUCGGUGGAUCGGGACAAGGUCCACCCGGAGGUUCUGGUGCAGGUGCAGGCGCUGGCGCUGGCGCCUCUGCUGGCACUGGAGGCUACCAGAGGGCUCACCCAAAUGGCGGCUUCCCCGGCGCUGGUUCUCCGCCGCCACAGGGCGGGCCUGGUGGAGGCUGGGGAGGGCAGAAUCAUCAUCAACGCGGUGCCUCGCAGGACUUCGAUCCUUGGGAUGACGAUUCUGCAGCCAAUGCAGAGUACGAGAAAGCUAAGGAAGAAGAGCGAAAACAGCAGGAGGAAGAGAAGCGCCAGGAAGAAGAGAAACAGAAAAAAGCCGAGGAGGAGCGCCAGAAAAAGGCCGAGGAAGCACGCCAGAGAAAGGCCGAGGAAGAGCGUCAAAAGAAGGCUGAGGAGGAUCGCAAGCAGAAAGCAGAGGAGGAACGUCGGAAGAAAGCAGAAGAAGAACGCCAACGCAAAGCAGAGGAGGAACGCAUAAAAAUGGUAGAGGAAGAGCGUCAGAGGAAGGCCGAAGAGGAACGAAAGAGAAAGGUGGAAGAUGAGAGGAAGAGGGUGGAAGAAGAGAAGAGGAAGGCUGACGAGGAAAUGAGGAGACUGGAAGAGGAGAAACGGAAGAUCGAGGAGGAAAAACAACGGGUAGAAGAGGAAAAGCGGAUCAUCGAAGAGACGAAGAAGAGGGAGGAGGAAGAGCGUCUAGCUCGAGCGAAAGCAGAGAAGGAGAAGUGGGAAAAGGCGCGAGCCCGAGAGAAAGAACAACGAGAGCGCGAGGCCCGACAACGUCUGGCGAGAGAGAAGAGUGAACGUGAAAAGGCCGCACGCGAGAAGGAGCAGAAGGAGAAAGAAGCUCGCGAAGCUGAACAACGAGCGGCAAUCGAGAAGGAAAUCCGCGAGAAGUUGAUGGCUGAGCAGAGAGCUAAGGACUUGGAAGCAGCCAGAAAGAAGGCUGAAGAGGAGAGGGUUAUAGCUGAGGCGGCCGCAGCGAAGGCACAAGCAGAAGCCGAAGCAGCAGCGGCGAAGGCGAAGACGGAUGCAGAACGGGCAGAUCGUUUGAAGGCCGCUCGCGAGCGUGCUCAGAAGGAGAGGGAAGCUCGUGAGGCUCGCCUCAAAGCCGAAGCUGAGAAAAUCAAAGCUGAGAAAGCUGCUGCCGAAGCUGCUGCGCUCGCAGAGGCGACCACCACGCGUCGUUCUACCACGUACGGAGGCAUCGGGGGUGGAGAACGACUUGAUCCCUACGCAGGCGUGCGCAGCAACGUUGCUCCGUCUGUAUCUUCCGCGCGUACUUCGCCCAUCAAGGUCAAUGUGACGCCGAAGAAAGCACAGCAGCAACCGCAACCUAAUUACGAAAAGCCAUCAGCGAAAUCGUAUAUGGGCACUGAGGAUGCUCACUCGACAAAACACAGCGAUACGCCGCCAAAGCCGCCUUCACAUUAUUCUUCAGCAUAUUCCGAGUCUUCCUAUGCACCAUCACAAAGCACGUCGAGGACGACGCCUCCGCCAUCACAACGAGGCCCAUAUUCAACCAACGAUCCUGACAAGAUCCAGAUCAAAGCCGUCUAUCUCUUCAACGAUUUGUUCCCCAAACCUGUGGCGCAGCUUGUUUCGGGCGUUGGCAAUGUUACGGAUGGCCUCAUCUUGAAGAUCUCAACAGAGGGUAUGUUCAUCGAUGACGACGUAAGGCAUGUCGCGCAGCGUGAGUGGGACGUCAAGGCUUGGACACUGAAGUUUGUCGAGACUGCCGAACGGAACGGACAGCACUACCUCCGUGCAGGUAUUCGCGAUACUGAGGGCAAAAAAUACUUCUUCAUCAUCCACCCAAGCGAGAGUUGGAAGAUGGCGCUCGGUCUUCAAAGGCUGCGCAAAGGUCCACUGGUUAGGAGCUUGACCAACGGUCAGAUUCCCGCUGGCGAAAUCAACAGGAUGCUAAACGCGCUCCCGCCGCUCCCUUAA